UUUCAACGUCCGCCGAAGGCACCAGCGCGUUGGGCGAAGUGUGGUGUGUACAAGGCAUGGGCGGUGGGCAAUCGCUGCUGGCGGCCGCCGGCGACGCCGCCAAGAACAACCGCGCCGAGUUGGAUUGGUCCCACCGACGCACCGCCGACAACCCUAAGCUCGUCACGGUUGUGCCGCCGUCGUUCGUGUCGCAGCUGCUGGGGUCGGCCUUGACAGACCUGCGUCUGUCUGGGAAUGGAAUCAAGCAACUUCCCGCGAGCUUUGGACGACUUGGAGCGCUCGAGCGGCUAGCCAUCGACCACAACCAGCUCGUGGAGCUCCCGUUUUCGUUGAGCAACCUGACGCGUCUGCGGUCGUUUGAUGCGAGUUGGAACGAAUUGACCAGUUUGCACCCAACGUUCUGUGAGCUGCAGUCGCUGCAGCGCCUUUGGCUGCAUCACAACCGCCUCGAGACGCUACCGGCGGCGUUCGGGGACCUCCACGCUCUCGAGCGCGUGUUUGUUCAGAACAACAUGUUGUCCGCGCUCCCGUUUUCUAUUGUGUUAUUGCCGAGGUUGACCGAGCUCGACGCGAGCGACAACAAGAUCUGCAUGUUGCCGGAGGAAUGGGAGACAGCACCCGCCGUGACCACGCUCCGAUUGACGCGCAAUCUCCUGAAACAACUACCGGUGGGGUUUGGUGCACUGCAGCAACUCGACACGCUGUCGCUUCAAAGCAAUCGAUUGUUGGAGCUGCCACCUGCAUGCGCAUCGCUGAUCCAUGUCCGAAACCUCAGUUUGAGCAGCAACCGCAUCGACACCUUUCCACGGGCCGCUUUCCACGGCAUGCGACAUGAUUUGCGCGUCCUCACUUAUGUCCAAAACAAACUCAAAGCCGUGGACGCGACGCUGUUUGAGCUGACAAAACUCGUGUAUUUGGAUCUGUCCGAGAAUGGGUUGGUGGACCUACCAGACGACGAAGACGACGACUCGAACGACGACAACCAUGGCGCCUCGAAGGGGCGUCGCACGUGGGCUUGUUUAGAGGCACUGGAAGAAUUCCACGUGGCCAACAACAAGCUGACCAAGCUACCUCGCGGCAUCGAGAACCUCCCAGCUCUGCAGUUCCUCAACAUGUCCAACAACGGGUUGAUCGAGGUUUCCUCUGCAAUUGGCAAGCUCACACGACUGCAUACGCUGUGGCUGGCGGGGAAUCAGCUCAAGCACCUCCCGUCCGAGCUCAGUCAGUGCACGAAAUUGACGGCUUUGCUGCUUGAUCGCAACGAGUUGCAGGCGCUCCCGUCCAGUAUUACGAUCCUCCCCAAUUUGCACACGCUGAACGUGGACCGCAAGACGUUUGCGCUGCUGGAGCCGUCCGUACUCACGUAUUGCACGGCGCUGCCGACAUUUGACAUCCUUGGUUUGUGAAAGCACGUUGGUGAAAUAGCUUAUUGCCUGGGGGCGCACCGAUGGCAGCUUCGCGUUGAGGCGGAUAUUGAGUCAGGUGGGGUCUAGUGGAUGGCGCGCUUGCUCGAUUGCACUGGCGAGAGGGCAUGUCAGCCCCGCAGCCGUUCAAUUUCCGCUUGCAUAUCGUCAGUAAGUCUGCGGCAAUGGUCAACCGUCCCGCAGGUAUCAACAAGGUGGGGAAGGUCGCACACGUACUUGGCCCACUUUCGCAUCUCUUGAGCACUCAACUCGGUCAUGUGGCGCAGCUGCAUGUCGAUGGCAUCUCUCUGACGCCUCAAGUCGUUUCGUUCUUGCAGCAAGCCCCAGAUCAUCUGUGCAUUAUCACGUCGACGAGUGCCAGGAAGCGCAACUGCACCUGAUCUUUGACUUUGAGAAUUUUUUCCAAGUCGUCGCGGGGAUGGACCGGUGUCGAUGGCGACAGUGGCGGCGUGUACGACUUGGUCGCCACAUCUUGCACUGCCUGGUGCAUCUACACGAUCAAAGUGGUUCGACUUUCAAAGCAUUCUCCCGUUCAUCAUCGUGAUACCCGCGGAAAGUCGUCCAGGAACG